ACGGAACUUGUUAUGCUUUCAGACGCAGUCAGAAGCGCGCUUUCACUGCGCUAUAAUACUUGAUUCAUUUCUUUACCCAAUUUCUUAUCAGUUAAUUUGAUAACGUUUUAUUGUAGACUUAAGGUGGGCGUUAUCAUUUUCGAAAACUAUUGAAAACUGAAAUGUCUACGGUGUACGCUAUGGAUACAGUCGGAAUUUUGUGUACAGUAGUGGUUGGAUUUUGGAUUCUAAAAUUUCUUCUAGGAGUGAUUUAUAAAAACUUCUUGGCAACCGCACUAAGAAUUAAUGCGGUAAACUUGAGAGAAACUGGAAAAUGGGCAGUGGUCACUGGUGCGACGGACGGAAUAGGAAAAGCAUACGCGGAAGCGCUCGCAAAGAAGAAACUCAAUGUAGUCCUCAUAAGUAGGACACAAUCUAAACUAGAGGAUGUUGCUACUUCAAUAACACAGAAAUUCAAUGUAGAAACGAAAAUCAUUGCAGCAGAUUUCACUAAUGUGGCCGAGAUUUACCACAAUAUCGACAAGCAGCUUCAUGGAUUGGAUAUUGGCGUACUCAUUAAUAAUGUGGGGAUGAGCUAUCCGUAUCCGGAAUACUUCUUAGAGCUGAAGAACAAAGAUGAAAUUUAUGACAAUAUUAUAAAAUGCAAUAUUUUUUCAGUCACGAAUAUGUGUAAAAUUGUUUUGCCUGGAAUGGCGGAACGAAAACGGGGAGUUAUUGUGAACAUAUCGUCUACAGCAGCCUUAAUUCCCAGCCCAUUGCUGAGCAUCUAUGCAGCAUCAAAGUCUUUUGUUGAAAAGUUUUCUGAGGACCUAUCGACAGAGUAUUCUAGACAGAAUAUCACCGUCCAAUGCGUGCUGCCAGGAUAUGUGGCGACCAACAUGUCCAAAAUCAAAUCAGCUACUUGGAUGGCACCAGCCCCUGCCAAAUAUGUGGAAGAAGCUCUAUCUACCAUAGGAGUAAGAGAAAAGACUACGGGAUAUUUUCCUCACACCCUACUGGUUGGGGUAAUUCACUUUUUGGACUCCAUAUCGCCUCGCUUAUCCAGAUGGAUUAUCGUCAGAACCAUGACCAAUAUUAGAUCAAGAGCAUUAAGAAGACAAAUUCACUAAAGACAAUUUACUACCUAUUUAAAAUGUAUGAUUAAUAUUGGAAAACAAUAUGGAUUGGCCAUAUAAUCGUGAGCUUUGAUAAUAACUGAUCUUACUUUGCUCUAAUUAUUAAUUAAUUGUGAUUAUAUCUAUACUAGGUAUAAUUCCGAAGAGGGCCAGUUAUGCAUUGUUUAAUAAACCUUGUGGGUUACUCUAGAAUUAUAAAAAGUUGAAAAUAAAAUAGUUUAAAACUGUU